CCUCAGCCCGGUGACCGUGUGGUGUACGUGGCCGGCGCGUUUGACCUGUUCCACGUCGGUCACCUGGACUUUCUGGAGAAGGCGGCUGCGGAGGGCGACUUUCUGAUCGUUGGACUCCACACGGACCCCAUUGUGAACCGCUACAAGGGCUACAACUACCCGAUCAUGAACCUGCACGAGCGGACGCUCUCUGUUCUGGCGUGCCGCUACGUGGGGGAGGUGGUGAUCGGCGCGCCGUACGCGGUCACCGCCGCGGAUGGAUCAGAUCCCUACCUGGAACCGAAGAGACGCGGGAAGUUCAAAUCUCUGGUAUCUGGAAAUGACAUGACGACGCAGAAGAUUGUGGAGAGAAUCAUCGAGCACAGGAUGGAGUUUAUGCUGCGAAACCAGAAGAAGGAAAAGAAGGAGCUGGCUGCCUACGAGGCGUUCGAGAAGUCUAAACAGACGGAGCGCGCGGACCACGCGGGUGACCAGUGAUGGAGACUGUGGG